GGUAUAUGAGUUAUGAGGUUCUGUUUGCUUUCUUACUGAGGACAAAGCUUAAUAGAUGUAAAAUAUUAUAAAAAAAAAAUUAUUCAACUUUAUUUUUUUAAAAUAUACAAAUGUAUCAAGAUUUUUACAUCAACAUAAGGUUGUGAUUGAAUUUCGUAACAAUAUUUAUCAACUGUUCUAAAAUGAAAGCUAAAACUAAAACAAAGAAAAGUGAUCGGAAAUUCACUCGACAUAAACUUACGCCAAAAGAUUCGCCUCAAAUUGAAACUCCUAUUUGUGACUUCUCGAAUUUAUGUAAACCUAUCGAUACAAGCUUAUCCAAUUUAGUUCAAGUAACAAAAUUGUUAGAAACUGCGAAUGAUGAAAUUAAAUAUAUUCUCACUUAUGAAUGUGAAGUUAUUUAUGAAUGUAAAAUAUGUCGAAGUUUAUUUAGAAGUUUAUUAAACUUUAUUUCACAUAAACGAAUUUAUUGCCCUGAAAAAUUUAAUAUUUCAAAUAACAAAGAUGUCAUAAAUCCUCAAGUUAUGGUCGUUGAAAAAUCUAUUGAUUCUGAAUGUGAAGAAAAUUAUGAAGAUCAAAAAUCAACCAAAAAUGAAGCUCUCAAUAGGAAAUUUAGUAAGAAGGAUCUAACAUCAGUGAUAACAAUGUUACAGAAAAAACAAGCAGAUCCAAAUUAUAAUGACGUUGAAGAAAGAAAUCGUCGAACUCGUAUUGUAGCAGAUACUGAACAAGUACUUUUAGAAGUUUUAGAUUCUAAUCGAGCUGCUUUUCAAACUGUCUUAGAACCAAAGCUGUCAAAUAUUGCUUCAAACGAUCUAAUGAAAGCUCAGACGAUAGAAUUACAAAAUAUAUUAAAUCGAGAUACAGCUGUACUUGGUCCAGAUGGGUCCAUUGUGGAGUUUAAGAAUGAUGGAAAAGUUGACAAUAAAGACAUUGAUAAAGUUUCAAACCAUAAUCUCGUGUGCUCGACAUGUAAUAUCAAAUUUGCAACCAAAAAAACAUUAACUUUUCAUAUAAAAUCACUUCAUACUCCUAAUCGACUUGUCUAUCCUUGCCCUUGUUGUCCAAGCUUAUUUCCUAGUACGUGGGGUGUUUAUCGGCAUUUAGUAAAAGUUCAUCGAAAAAGUAAUGCUCAAGUCCGAAAAUUACGAUCAGAGAUUCAAACAAAGGCAUACUUGAAAGAAACUACUCGUGCUCAAGACAUUGAUAAGGAUUGUGCUAAUAAUAAAUUGAAUAAUUCCAAAGAAUCUCGACUAAUGAAUGAAACUCAGGAAUGGAUGACACACUUGGAAUCAGAUACAGAGCUUCAAAGAUGUGGGGGUUGUAACAAAAGAUUUGACAGAAAAGCGGCAUUGUUAGCACACUCUCAAAUUUGUCAAAGACGUCAAGCUGCAUGUAGUGAUGUUGCGAUUAGAUCUAAACGCAAUAAAAUUGCUUCUGAAGCAAAUACUGAAAAAAUAAGUACGUUAACUGAAGUUUCUAAACCAACAAAGGAGAAUCUACAGAUACCAAUCAAAAAAAUGUCUAUCGAAUCAGAAUCACGAGUUAUAUCAUCCUCAGUAAAUUCCACUAGCUUAUUAAAUUUAUCUAAUAUAUCACCUGCUGUUUCAAUAACUCGAUUACCUCAGCAACAACAGGCUAAUGAAAUUAGAGUGGAAGGUAUUGCUAGUCUUAGCAAAGAUGCGUGGGAAAAAAUUGGAGAUGAAACAUCUAAACUAAGAGUUGAUACUAGUGUUGACGUCUUGACAAUACCUUCUGAAGCUACGCCAACAAAAAUAUCUCCAAAUGAUAGUGUAUCAGAUGAUCCAGAGAUUAUAUUUACCAAUAUUGAGAAACCUAGUAUUUUAAAAAAUAAAGGCAGCAAAAAAAGAAAAAUGGGAAAACGAAAUACUUCAAUAGAUUCUAACAAAAGAAUUAACUUAUUGGUGCAAGAAAAUAAUGAGAAAAUGAAUUCGGUAAAAAUACCAUCAAAAUCAGAUACAAAUUUAGAUGAAAAAAUAAAUUUCAUAAGUCCUCAAAAAUUUGAAUGCAUACCGUGCAAACUUACAUUCUCCAAUCUUACACAUCUACGAAGGCAUAUGACUGAGCAUAUGGAUUGGUACCGUUUUAGAUGUAAAUUGUGUGAAUUUAAAUGUUUUAACAAGAUCGAUUGUGUUGCUCAUUUUAAUAAAAUUCAUAACGCUAAAAAUAGCCGAAUGAAUAUUGAAAAUAUGGUAAUAGAAUCAACAUUCAAUGAAAAAUCUACAAAUUCUUCAAGAAGUUUAUUGAAAAAAUGUCAUGUAACUAUACCAGUAAUUCAAAACGGUAACAAUUCUACAGAUGAAAACGAUAGCUGUAGCGUUAAAUCUUGUGAAGAAUUACCUGACGAAAACAGUGAGAUAGCUAAAAAAGCCAAGUUAGGGGAAGACUCAGAACUGCGUCGAAUGGUUAUGGAAGUGAUAUUUGGUUCAUCUGAAACAGUAAAUGAAGAAGAACCUGGAAGUAGUACUGAAAUUGAGGAAAUUCGAGAUUGUAAAAAAAACAGUAAAAUGCCUAAUAAAACAUAUUCAGAUCAUGAAAAAAAUAGCUUGAAUCAUAUAGCAACAAUGAAAUUAUCAUCAAAUCACAAUAGGCCAUCACGUAAUAGCAGAAAUCGUACGAAGCUUGAAAAUAAAAAUUUCAUUUAUGAUUUAGAUGCAGUUCUCGUUAAAGAUUCUGCUACAGACGGAACAGGAGUCAUUGUAGAGGACAAUGAAACAAGUACGAAUAUUAUGAACAAUGAAUCCGAUUCAGAAAGCGAUCUAUCUGUUGUACUUUAUCGAGAUAGAAGUAUUGUGAAAACUAAAUUAGAAAAGGUUGCAUAAAAUGAAUAUUUUUACCCUUAAAUUGAUAUUUUUUAAAUGUAACAUUUAUUACUAUAAGAUUGUAUGCUCUUUUGUUCUUAAUAUAGAAGAAAAUUGCUGUUGGACAAUUUCUUUUCAUUCUACGUUGUAUUGAUAAUGAAUAAGAACAAAGGUAUUGUAAUAAUUCAAUUAAUUUAACAGUAUUGAUUUGAUUAUCUUGUGCGUGUAUGUAUAGUCAUAAAAAUACAUCUUAUAUUCAUAUGUUUAACUAUAGGAAUUCUAUUAAUAAACCAUUAACAAAAAAUUACAUAAAAAUAUUUUAAACAAAAAAAAAUCUAUUCUUAUUUAUUAUUUCUAUUGUUGAUCUUUUUAAAGGUCUAUUUUAUUUAUAUGAAAAAAGAAAGUUAUACAAAUAUUGGCUUCAUUGUAGCUAUGCAUGGCAAAUCUUAAACCGAUUGAGUAAUCCUAGGAGUAAAAAAAAUUGUAUACAAUAAGUAUAUAUUUUAGGAAAAUAUCAGCUAAGGUAUGAAACUAAAAGGAAUAUUUAAUUGUUAAAUAAUUUCUAAACUCUGUUUCUCUCUCUAUUUAAUUUUUUUAAUUUCUAAACGAUUAAUAUUUUAGUCAAUGUUUAACUAGACAAUAAAAAACAAAAAUAUAGCAAUUUAUUCUGUUUUCAAAUCAUAAUUUUAAAAAAUAGAAUAAUUGUGCAAGAAAAAUA